AUGGGAGCAAGAGAUCUACUCUUCAUCACUAUCAGCCACAGUGUCUCCUUUAUGGGCAAAACCUGGUGGAUGCUGAUGCUGGUUCUACGCCUGCUAGUCCUCCUGCUGGCCGGCUUCACCCUCUUCAGUGACGAGCAGGAAAGAUUUAUCUGCAACACCAUCCAGCCAGGCUGCUCUAAUGUGUGUUUUGAUGUAUUUGCUCCCGUAUCCGUCUUCCGUCUCUGGCUCUUCCACCUCAUUCUUCUCUGUCUUCCCCAUGUGCUGUUUGCAACCUACGUCAUGCAUAAAGUUUUGUCAUAUCCCUAUUUUGGAGGUUCUUACUGCGACAGGACUCAAGAAGGUUCACCUUUCAACCUUGAGAAUUCAAGGUCCUCAAGAGAACUGUCCUUGCAUAAAGCUCCACUUCAAGACCUCCCACGUGAAUGGGGAGCGCCACGUUUCUACUGCGCCUACUUCCUGGUUGUAAUUCUACGGAUCCUUCUAGAGGGGGUUUUCGGUGCAGGCCAGUUCUUUCUCUUUGGUUUGUCCAUUCCUAAGAGCUUCCUCUGUUACGAGGCUCCCUGCGUAAAUGGUGUUGAGUGCUACAUCUCCAGACCAACUGAGAAGACCUUAAUGCUCAACUUCAUGCUGGGUGUUUCCUCCUUGUCCAUUCUGCUAAGUCUGGUUGACCUGGUGAGCUCUAUAAAGGCAAUGGUGAGAUGGAGGAGGAAAAGGGAGAUGCUGAUGGAAGAGCUGAGUAAAGGAGAGCAAAGCAGUAUGUUUACAUCAACAACUACGACUGAAGACAGCAAUGUUCUUUUAACCAGAAGAUUCAGUCCGAGUGAAAGUUCAAAGAAUGGUCUCAAAGAUGAGAAACAUGCUCCUGCUGUUGUUCCAGAUGUUGACCCUCUUCGUGCAAAGGUGAAUGGUGGAAUCCCGAUUAAAACUGGUGAAUCCACUAAUGACAAGAGGCCAGAAAGCAAAGAUGCUAAGGUGGAGAUGUCUCAGUCGCCCACUCCCAUUAGCACUCCAGUACCAACUCACUUUGUCCUCAACAGCCACCUGAGACCUCCACUAUCUCCUCGAGGACCACCGCCAAACCCCAGGACCCCAACACCUGUGGGUGUCAAAAAGCUGGACCAGUACACUCCAAAUGGGGCAAACUCAGGCCAACACUCUGAUAGCAGUGAAUCUCCAGACAAGAGGGCAUGGGUGUAAUAGUCUGGGUGUCCGUUUAUUGCUGUAAUUGGACAAGAACUGCUGAACAUCUACCUCUAAAGGGCACAGAUACUUUGAUUUAACUAUUAUUUUUUUAGCAUGAAUUCACUGAAAGAGAUGGCUGAUUUGCAAAAAAACCCUCCACCAAUAGAUAUUUUUUCUGACACAAAUAACUAUGUAUGAUGUGAAAAGUGUUGCUAAUGGUGACAGCACCACAGAGAAGCAUUUUAGCAACUUUUUGCUCAUUGUUUUGGUUUUACAAAAUUCUAUUCUCAUACAUCCAGCUGUUUUUAGAAACCCACUGUAGCCUACCAGCCCUGUGCCAAAAUGGCAGAAAAUUUGCAACAUGUCAUUAGUAAGCUAGAAACACUUUUAGCAAGCUAAGCAACAUAAUUAGCUAGCAAGCUAAAUAUCUGGCAUUAGCUAAAGAGACA